AAAUUUUUUACUUUUUGUUAAGAUUUAAGGAAUAAAAACAAUCAUUUAAUUAAAGGGGUAAUUAAUUUAUUAAUCAAUUCAUUAAUGAAUAGCAACAAAUAAUAGAAGAUUAGUGAAAUGAAUAGCGAUAUUUAUUAAAUGAAUUGUACUAGCACAAUUCUUAAGACUCCAUCCAAUAACAAAUUCAACAAGUAGGAUAAUAAAUAAUUGCGUGACCUUCUUUUAAAAUAUUCAGUUAUUGAGGAGGAUGAUUCUAAGUUCAAUUUCAAGUAGGAAGAUUCAUAGAAUUCAAAUAAUUUGGAUUCGCAAAAGUCAACCUUUCUUUCUUAGUACAGAAGAAAUAUUAAUUACGUUAAAAGGAAUGACUAUGGUAUGGAAGAGGAGGAAGAAGAAUAAAAGGAAGUCAAUUUUAGUGGAAGAGAUGUCUUUGGUAAUGCAUUCUCAAAACUUUUAAAGACAAAAUCUAAAGACAAGCAAAGUCUUUUUGGAUACUUCAGUCCAAGAGAAAUCAAUCCUCCUUACAUGGUUAAUCAGGAGUUAUAGUAUGAAUUACAAGAUGAGGCAUAUAUUUUAGAGACAGAUAAGAAAGAUGAAGAUAGAAAUAAUAUUUGGAAUACUGAUGCUGCUCCUUUUGAUCAAGAAAACAUUAAGAAAAAGCAAUUUUAGAUAACUUCAAGUUCUUCAAUUGAUUCUUCUUAAAGUAGAGAUUAAGACGAUAAAAGCAAUAAUCUAAAUAAAAAACGCAACAUAAAGCGCCCUCUCACAAGCAUAGGCUAACUCAAUAAGAAAACUAAGAAUAAUUUUACUUUAAAUUUAGCUGUGGAUUAAAAGUAAAAAAAGGGAAUUGCUAAGUAAGAUUUUACUCCAACAAAAGCAAAGCCAUUAGAGGGUAAGAGUGUCUUCGUUGACGUGUAUACAAAUGACAGAGAAAAUAUAUCUAAUUCAGUACAUUCAAUUUUAAACAAACUUGGGGCAGAUAUAAAAAAGAAAUUCACCAAAAAUGUUGAUCUUGUUAUUUGGAAAGAUGGAAGUGAUAAAAACUAUGAAAAUGCACACAAUUAAAAAAUCCCUAUUUUGAAUAUUCAUUGGCUUGAAAAAUGCCUGCUAGAAAACAAAUUUGUGGAAACCACUCCAGAGUAUCUUGUACCUAAACCAUAAAAAACUGUCAACGAUCUCUCUACAAGAGUUGACAAAAUUUACUAAAAAUAUGAAAAAAAUAAAGAAAAGGAAAUUAAAAAGAAAGCAAAAGCUGAAAGCAUACCUAUAUAAUACAAAAAAAAGGAUGACUCCUUUGAAGAAGACUCAAUACUGGAUAGCUGGUAGAAGACUUUUUAUUAUCAACAACUCUAAUAAAAACAAUUAAAAGAUGAAAUUAGAUGUCAAGAAGAAUUAGAAUAAUAUUAUCAUGAUAUAAUUUAAGAGUGUUAUCAAGGAAAAUUCACAACUAAAUGGUUAAAGAGAAAAAAUUAAGAAUCAUUAAUAGAAAAGUAUGAACAAACAAAUUUUAAUAUGGAAAAUAUUAUUGCUUACAAUACAUAAUUAAACAAAGAUCCAUAAAUAUCUGUUCAUACAAGCUCUUUACCAGAUUUAGCUGAAGAGAAAAUUCUAUUUGUUGGUAUGGAUUCUAUCAAAAAAUAGUAAAAAACAAUGUAAGAUUUCUUCUGCAUGAAUAAAAUAACAGCAAACACUAACAAAGAAAAUAAUACAAAUAACUUGAAAGAUUAAAAAUAGCAGGAACAAAAACAAUCAAAUGAUAAAUUUGUUACUAAAACGGAACAAUAAAUAAACAUAUAAAAUAAAAUGGAGGUUGAAUCAGAAGGUUAAAUGAGUUAACAAUCAUCAUAAGCUAAAUAAGUUAAAUCUAUAGAAUUAAGUUCCUAAAAAAGUUUAUUAUUUACAGCUAAAAAACCUAUUCCUUAAACUAGCUAAAACAGUACUUCUCAAAAAUCUUCUCUUGCUGAUUUGUUAUCUAAAAAAAAAUCUACAAUUGCAACCGGAUCUCUAUUAUCUUAAAAGAAGCUAGUUUUUCCUUCUAAUUCAGUUCACAAUAACAAUAUCAAUAAUAGUAGUAGUUUAAUGAGAUUUGGUUUUAGUUUUUAAAAAAUACAAAAGUAAAAUUCAAUAAAUUCUGAUAACCAAGAUAAAAAUAAAAAAAUUGGUUAUAUCAACUUAUCAUAAAAUCAAAUUUAGUAAUUGUAAAAUUGUCAAAGUCUUUACUUGAAGAGCUAUUAAUUAUGUGAAGAAAAAGACCAAUUCUAAGAAGAUGUAAUUAUAGUCGGUAAUUAGAUCACUAAUUCAUAGCAUAAUGCAAAAGGAAAUAACUCAUCCUUGAAUUAACUUAGAAUCCUUUCUCUAUUAACGAGUGGUAAAGAAAUAUUGAAUUUUAAAUGGAUCGAAGACUGUAAUACUGUAAAAGGAGAAAUUCCCUUAGAAGAUUAUAGAGAAUAUAAUUCUGACUGGAACAAAAAUAUUUUUACUGGGUUUGAUUUUUCUAUAUACUUGGAUUAAGUCUAAAGAAAAAAUAAAGAAAUAAUGAAGUAAAAAUUAGAAACAGAGAGAGUUAUUAAAUAUUUUGGUGGUAGAGUUUUAGAAAAUUCUAAAAAUGCUAAUUACACCAUAUUUUUCAAGUAAUAUUCCAAGCUUCCAUAAGGUUAUGAUGCAUCAAAUUGUGUUUCAGAGAAAUGGGUUUUUGAUAGCAUAUUUAACAAAAGUAUUCUAUCUAAGUAAUAAUAUCUAGCAGUUUAAUGA